AGCCACCGCGAUGUCACAGGUUUAUCUGCUGCCGGUGGCCACGUUCCUCAUCUUCCAGGUGACCUUUAUCGGCACCUACAUCUUCGCCGUGCUAGAGGGUCAUGUGGUGCCCACGGUGCCCUACAUCAGCGAUGCGGCCACCUACUCGCCGGAGAGCUGCGUGUUCGGGCAGCUAAUCAACAUCGGCAGCGUGCUGUUGGGAAUCACCAUCUACGUGCGCUACCGCCAGGUGCUGCAGCUGUACGAGCACCAUCCCGAGCUGGACGCCUCGGUGCUGCGCCAGAACCGGCUGGCCCUCUGGUUCGGCCUGGUCUCCUGCCUGGGCAUCAGCUUCGUGGGCAACUUCCAGGAGACGAACGUGCGCAUCGUGCACUUCAUCGGCGCCUUCUGCUGCUUCGGCUGCGGCACCCUGUACUUCUGGAUGCAGGCGCUCAUCUCGUACCUCAUCCUGCCCAUGUCGGGCACUCGGAUCUACGCCCAUUUGCGGCUGGGCAUGGCCGUCGUCUGCACGAUCCUCUUCAUCCUGCUGGCGGUCACCGGCGUGAUGUCGCACAUCCUGUUCAAGGGCCAGAAUCCGCGCAAGUGGUAUCCCUCCGACGGCGGCUGGUACUUCCACGUGGUCAGCUCCAUUUCCGAGUGGAUCAUGGCCACCGUCUUCAGCUUCUUCAUCCUCUCCUUCACGCAGGAGUUCCGCGACGUCUCCCUCUCGCAUCCCCAGAUCGCCCUGAUGUCCUAUGCGACCACCAUUUAGAGUUAUGAUCUUGCGCUGGAUUG